AUGUCCUCUAACGAAUCUACUAGACUUUAUAUUUCGAAUCUGAAUUUUUCCUCAACGGAACCAGAACUUUAUGAUUAUUUUAAAGAUUAUGAUGUCAAAUCUGUACUAAUUCCAAGCCAGACGGUUCGCGGAUUUAGAUCAAAUCAAGUACGUCCCCUGGGAAUUGCAUAUGCUGAAUUUGAAUCUUUUGAAAUGGUUAAAGAUGUAAUUGAUAAUUUAAAUGGAAAAGAAUUUAAGGGUAGAGAACUGAGACUAAAGACAUACGUCCCAUAUUCCCCUACGGUUGCUACGAAGAAACUAAACAAAACUAAUCAUCUAUCAAGAUUGAGGCGUAGGAAAAAUCAAGAACAUUCAGAGGAAUCUGAAUUAAUUUCUAACGUCGAAGUGGUACAAAGAGAACAAGAAGAGGAGGAAAAAAUCGUUGAAGAGCCAGAGCUCUCUGAGGAUACGGUUUACUGUGGUUAUUUACCAAAGGGUGUCACUGACGUCGAUAUUCGCCAUUAUUUCCAAGAAUACAACCCUCAAGAGAUUUGGAUCUUCAGAACAAAAUUGACCAAGAGCAGGCAUUUCCAAUUACAUCGUCAUUUUACAGCUGCGCUAGUUUCUUUUGAAAAAGGGACAAGCAGUCAAGAAAUUUCAGAAGCCGUAAGCGAUAAGAAAUUGCUCAAUAAGAAGAUCGUUGUCAAGCCUGCGUACCUAGACAAAGUCGAGGAAUUGAAGCAAAUCUCUAAGGAAAAAAUUAGUAUCGAACAGGGAAAUACAGAACAACAGUCCCAACAAUCUCAGCCCACUAAUGAAUGA